CUUCUCUACCUCAUCUGUUGCGGGCAACGACAACGAUCCUCUACCAGCCUCUACGUCGAGAAGAAAUGGUGAACGUGGAUACCAACUUCUCUGCGCGAGUAGGCAAAGAUCUGAUCUGGGGAGGGACGUGGUGAUGAGUCGUAUGUUGCAGGUUGUCAAAAGGCUCGCUGACGUCGAGUGGCGUGCGGCACCAAAGGUCAGCGGUGUCCACAGGCGCUUGCUCGACCGAAUAACAUUUCACGACGACGUCGCAAGAGCCACCAGGUCAGACACUUGAAGAUCUACAGGAUCCUCGAAGGAAGGAGGGAGGGAGGGAGGGAGGAUGGGGCGAGCGAGGGCGCCCAUGUUUUGUUUCGGUCAUGCGCUUUGCAGUGUGGUUCGGUACGAUGCCAACGCCAAGUUCCCCUUCCACACACAUCACGGGGGAGAGGAGUACUUUGUGCUUGACGGGCACUUUUGUGACAAAGAUGGCGACCAUGGCCCAGGCACUUACAUACGGAACCCGUAGGCAACACAACACCCGGGCGGACCGGACAGACAUUCAGGCAGGUGUCGGCACUGAUGUCUGUCUUGUGUUUGUGUGUCUGCCUGUGUGCUGUGCAGGUGCGGUUCGUCGCACGAGCCGUGGACGAGAGAGGACGGCUGCACCAUAUUCGUCAAGCUCAUACAGAUGCACAAAGACGACCCGGUCAGCAGCCAAGACACCCCAGCUGCUGCACCUAGCUGUGGAAACGACCAUCUGUCCCUCAUGUGUAUGUGGGGGUGUGCUUGUCAGUUCGUCAAAACGAGCUUCUAUGACGAGGCGGAGAGGCAGUGGGAGAGGUCGGCGGAUGAUCCGCUGCUCGAGACCUCGUUGCUGUUCAAAAGCCCGUUGACCAAAGAGGUACUGAAGCAAAGAACCUAUGCGGGCGCUGUGCCGAUUGGCUGCAUAUCUUUCGAUUGGUACGUUUGUGGGCAGGUGGUGAGGUUGUAUCGGUGGCAGCCCGGCGAAGCCUCACGGCCCAUCGUGUCACCUGAUGGCGGCAUGGAGAUCUAUGUGCUGUCAGGACACUUUACCGACAAAGGUCAGUCAGUCAGUCAGACCUUCCCACUUGGAUGGACAUCGGCUGUCUGCAUCGUUUUCCCAUCGUGUCUGUCUGUCUGUCUGCAGACGGCGAGUAUGGCGACCACACUUGGCUGCGGCUGCCCGUGGGCUUUUCGUUCCUGCCGACCAUCCAUGCCGCCUCCAUGUGGUACGUGCGCACGGGCGCCUUCCCCGUCAUCAGCUGCUGAACUUCUUGCUUGCGAGAAAUGAGCAAGGCUUUUUUGACAAUGCCUGCCUCCCCUCAAUGAGGCCGUGGUGGUGCUUUUUGCCCGCCUCGCAAGUUUGUCGGGUGGGUACGUGUGAGGUGAGGUUUUGCGGAAGGAAGAACGUGUACAGACAGACACCGGCACACGAAUGGAAUCAAUGAAUGGUUGUGUGUGUGGACACGUCCUACUGGCCAUUGUAAUGUAAUAGCGGUCUUGGUAUGGACACACACCUGACGUGACGUGACGAGACGUGCACACACGUGAAC